AUGUGGUCUACUCAGAUUCGUAAUUUAUGCGACACAUCUCCCGAUCUCGAACGAGAAUCCGCAGUUCCACGGACCAUGGUCAACAUUCUGACGGUCACCUCUGUAAGUCUUCUUCUUCUCCAAACAAAUUCGUUCUUGGCCACUGACGGCGGUAAAGAAGUCAUGGAUAGUGUUUACGAUGAAACGCUCCAUUUUGAAGAUGAACCUUCCUUCAACUUGACUUCAGAGCAGAUCAAGAAUUACUACGAGAAGGAUUCGAUAGAAAAAUGGAACAAGACUCGUGAUCUGACAGCCAUGGUACUUCCUUACCGAAAAUCCAAGCCACAAAGCGGUUCUUCGUAUAGAACUGAUACCAAUGUGAAAAAGAGAAGUCGACUUGCAAUGACCGUGCUGGGAGUAUCUCCAAAAUGGAGGUCGUCAAGUGAUUCAGGAAUCGAGCUACCGUCGAAGGAUGUGGCACCUGUCCGAGCCAUGACCGCUGAUCCAGAAAUAACCCUGUUUAUGAACCAUACACCAAUACUGGAUACCAAAAAUACUAAACCUCACAGAAUCGACUUCCUCUAUACGAACACUAAUCAAUCUGGUGACAAGAAGAUACAAGGUAAUAGCCGCUAA